AUGUUGACUCGUCUCUUAGCCUUGGCGGCAGUAGCCCCUGGAUUGGCAGCCUAUGGGAAAGCCCCCGGGCGUGCUGCUUGUACGCUUGAAGAGUUGUUCGAAUCAUCAGUUUCACCCGCAACCGAAAUUGCUUCUUCAACAGACGCUAACUUUUCCUCCGUUGUUGGACCACGAUGGUCGGCUUGGGAGGCUCCGGCUUGGUCUGGCGCAAUCAAGCCAGCAACGGAAGCAGACCUUCAGAAAAUAGUCCAAAUAUCUGUAGCAAACAAUAUCCCAUUCAUUGCAACCAAUGGCGGCCAUGGCCCGAAACAAGGCCAAGGUUCGUUUACUGGUAUCAAUGUGAAUCUCGGUAGUUUUAAUACUGUCAGCAUUGAUACUGUCAACAAUUUGGUGACCGUUGGAGCUGGCGUCAAACUAUGGGACGUUCAGACAGGAUUAUACAAUGUGGGCAAAGAAAUCCAAACCGGUAAUUCGAUCUGCCCUGGUGCUAUCGGAGUAACCAUAGGCGCCGGUAUUGGCAUGAUGACGGGCCAGUUAGUGAAAGCUUCGGCGACGGAAAAUAAGGAUUUAUUCUGGGCUAUCCGAGGAGCUGGCGUCAACUUUGGCAUCGUCACAGAAGCAACCUACGGAAUUCACGACCAGACUAACGAAGGUAACGUGACGGCCGUCACUUUUGUGUACGCUGCCGCCUCUAAUCGCACACUCUGGGAGACUAUGAAGACGUUUGACGGCAAUCAGCCGGCCAAACUGUCGUUCCAAACCGUCAUCCAGUUUAACCGAGCUUCCAACGCAGCGCAAAUAGUUGUGCAGCUCUGGUACUUUGGGCCCGUAUCAGAGGCGCAGCCAUACAUUAACACGUUCGCUGCCGCUGGUCCAGUUGUUCAAUCUGUGACGUAUCUUCCCCAGACCGAUCUGUAUUAUCAGUCUGAGACAGCUGGAGUGUGUGACAGGGGACAUAUCAUCAGUGCUCAUAGCUUAGGCUUCAACCAGACAGUUGUCUCAAGCUAUGAGGCCCACUUUGCUGAUAUGACGGCCUUUUACAUCGCAAAUCCUUCUUUCGCAGGGAUAUCAGUUUUUCAAUAUUACAGUAACAAACAAACUCUCAAGACGCCGGCCUCUGAGACCGUCUUUCCAUGGCGAGAUAUCCAAGUUUGGUGGCUCACUCAAAACCAAUACUCCGAUGCCUCUCUCGGGCCUCAGGUGGAUCAAUUUAUGAGAGGGCAACGCACCAACCUGCAAACUACUAGCGGCUUCGAUACUCCUCACGUCUACUUCAACUAUGCCUUUGGAGACGAAGGUGCAGCCGCGUGGUAUUCUGCUGCCAAUUUGCCAAAGCUUCGAAAACUUAAAGCUACCUGGGAUCCCAAUUAUGUGUUUGGAAACGGCGCACCUCUUUACUGA